CUUGUUUCAGCUGGACUACGAUCCCGUUCCACUUCCAACCCUCAGCUCACAUCAGGUCACUCAACUUUGAACUCGAGAUGCCUGCUCGAACCACUCUUAUAAGUUGGGAGAUAUUCUCACGGCAUUUGGAAAGUACCUGAGACCUCACUUAGCAUGCGACCACUUGACGACACCACCCGUCGAAUGAACAUCAGGAAGCUUGCUUAUUGACGGAAUUUCAUAUCAGCCUCAAUGCAAUGACCGUCCAUCCCGCUGCCGUUCUCCAACCCACCUUCUUCUCCUUGGUUGCUAUUUGCAACGGGAAAGAAUAUCUUGCUUUGUUAUGGAUGUCACAUCCCCUCUUCAGACCUCUGCAGUCUCUACCAGGCUAAUGGUUCAGUGGUCGAUGGCUGAAUAUCAAGGGCCCACCAGAUCAACGGGUCACUUUGAGAUAUUGCUGCAUGAGGGGAACACAUGGCUGGCAUGUAUUUAUACUACCUUACUUAUGUGUAUAGGAAUGCUGUGCAGCAUGUCGACAGUCUGCUACAUCUCGAAAGUCACAUCGCUUUUGCGAGCUCAUGACACACAAACAUGCGAGCUCUCCAUCUUAUCGUUGCCUUCUUUUGCCUGGCUGAGGCAAAGGGGAUUUCUGUUGAGCAAAGACGCAAAGUAGUACAGUCCUUCAGUGUACGCCGAAAUGCAAGUUCUGAUACAACCCCGUUGCAAGUCGGAAAUGGAAACUUUGCCUUCGGGGCCGACAUUACCGGGCUCCAAACCUUCAAGCCCUUUGCUAUCAUGAACACUUGGGGAUGGCACAACUUCAGCCUUCCCACCACCCCAGGGCAGACUUCUGUAGAAGACUACACCGGCUUGGAAUGGUGGACGCAUGGAAGACUGGUCCGCUAUGAACAGCCAAACCCAGCCCAAAACGACAUCUCGAACUGGCUGAGAGAGAACCCUCAUAGACUCAACCUCGCCAAUGUCGGACUACACUUUGGUGGUCAUGAUGUUGUCGAAAGUGAUCUGGAGGAAAAGACCCAGGAGCUAGACAUGUGGUCGGGAAGACUGACCUCAUCUUCCAGAUUCAAUGGGUCAAAGAUUGUAGUUCAGACAUGGGCCGAUUCGGACUCUGACACUGUUGCUGUUCAGGUUCAGUCAUCACUCUUGAAAAGGGGAGAUCUUGGUCUAUUUCUGGACUUUCCCUACCCAGACAAGGAAAAGUUCAAUGCUCCUUUUGUUGGACACUUCAAUCUAGCCUCCAAACACAAGACGACUAUGAAGCAGCUUUCGCCUCAAAGUGCCCAGAUCAAGCACACGUUGGACGGCACCACAUACUAUACGCUGAUUCAGUGGGAAGGCAGUGAAGCAACCAUCACCGGACCCCUGCACGGAACUCAUCGCUACGUCCUCGCCCCUAAAUCAUCCUCCAAGAUCCAACUCGUCAUCUCCUUCUCACCGACACCCAACUUUUCCAGCAAGAAAGCCAGCUACCGGAAAAUCACUACCGCCUCUCGCAACUGGUGGAAAAACUACUGGACCAAAGGCGCCUUCAUCGACCUCACCCCCGUCCACUCCGACCCCCGCGCCCUCGAACUCCAACGCCGCAUCAUCCACUCCCAAUACCUCACAGCAGUCAACUCAGCCUCCGAUUUCCCCCCGCAAGAAUCCGGCCUAGUCAACAACGGCUGGCACGGCAAAUUUCACCUCGAGAUGAACCUCUGGCACACCCUCCCCUUCGCCCGCUGGAACCACCUUGACCUCUUCCACCGCUCCCUCCCCCACCUCUACAACCAAUUCCUCCCCUCCAGCCUCUCCCGCGCCCGAAAGCAAGGCUACAACGGAGCCCGCUGGGGCAAAAUGACCGACCCCCUCACCGGCCGGUCAUCCCCGGGGGAAAUAAACUCCCUCCUCAUCUGGCAGCAGCCUCACCCAAUGUUUUUUGCGGAGACAGACUACCUUUCCCACCCCAACAACCUCAACACCCUCCAGAAAUGGGACGCCAUCCUGACAGAAACGGCGAAUUUCAUGGCGGACUUUGCCUGGUUCAACUCCUCCACCAAAGUCUACGACCUCGGCCCUCCGUUGUAUCCCGUGUCGGAGAAUACCAACCCUAAUAUUACCCUCAACCCUACUUUUGAGCUCGCCUACUGGAGGUUUGGUCUUGAUGUUGCGACGAAGUGGAAAGCGAGACUGAACCAGACGUCACCAGAGAUUUGGGGUAUUGUCAGGGAUAAUUUAGCUCCCCUGCCAGUCGUCAACAACACUUACGCUACUUAUGAAGGGAUCCCAAACAUGUGGAUUGCCGCAGAGACAACGUUUGACCACCCUGCUCAGGCUGGGAUAUUUGGUCUCCUUCCCCCGUCACCGCAGGUGGACCUCACGGUAGUCAACAACACGGCUCGCAAGAUCAAGGAGACGUGGAGACUGAAUGAGAGCUACGGGUGGGAUUUCGCAAUGUUGGCUAUGAAUUCCCUGAGACUGGGGGAUGUAGAGCAGGCGGUGGAGUAUCUACUUCACCCCAUCUUCAAAUUUGAUGAUGCUGGCUACGCGGUGGGAGGGGAGAGGGUGCCCACCCCGUAUUUUCCCAACAGUGCUGGACUGCUGAUGGCGGUAGGGAUGAUGGCUGGGGGUUGGGUGGAUGAUGAGGGGGUGAAGUUGCCUGAGCAAUGGGUUAGGGAGGGGGCGAGAGCUGAGGGGUUCGUGGUUGCUUUGUGA